CACGAAUGCAAAUUCAAGGUCUUGUUAGCGUCAAAUGCGAGCGCGGAUCAUCGGGGGUACAGUUCACCGAACGGGUUGACCAAACAUCACUGUUUCGCAUAAAAACAGUACCACGAUGUGAACCACAGAGUCGUAUAGUCUGUCUGGAAACUGGACGUUGCAUCUUCCUAAAUACCAGUGAAAUCAUCGUUCCAACAUCAGGUGAACCUUUGUAAAAUGGAUUCCGAUGACAGCUAUGAGACAACAUCAGAAGUGUCACCCGACAGGGAAACCAGAUUCUCUUCAUCCAGUAGCCAUGAAAGCGUGAAUCGUAACAGCACCGAAAUUCGAGAUUUGUAUCUUUCUGUGUUUUCCGGGGCUGAACCAAGUGCUCCAAGCCUGAAGAAUCAGCUGGACACACUUCGGGCAAAAGUUCAAGAAUGUGAGAGGACCAAGUUGUUGGAACAGAAGAUACAACUAUACCAUUCACUUGAGAAGAAAGAAUGUGAAUUGGUCGAUUUCAUGCAGUCGUACGAACAGAAAGCGAAGGAUAUUGCUCAAUACAUGCAGAAGGUUCAGGGUCUGCUUGCACAAUUGACGGAUUUCUUCCCCGAGCAUUUUGAAGAAAAGCCCAUUGAGUUCGAUGUCGACAAGUCUGCCGCUGGUGGAGAAGUGACCUCUGGACAGAUCGAUUCGAAGUUGCAUAAGCCCAACGGUACAUUUCCGUCUGAAUGCAAACUUCGAGGCGAACGAGGGCGUGACAUACUUCGCGCCCUAACAGCCUCUGUUGCAGCAGCAAGCGCCAGUAACAGACAGAGCGCAAUAAACCGUUCUUCGGAACACAAAACAACACACCCCGGUUCAGUCGAACAAGUGAAGAACACCUCCGAAUAUUCCAAAAUCAACGGACAUACAACAACAGAUAAGGAGUGCUCUAACCCUUCAGCCAUUGACGGUGAUGAUGUGAGCGAGGUUUCUGACCCCAGAGAACUCCCGCCUCACCUGCCUCCCUUCUGUUGGUCUGCCGAACAGGUACUCGUGUGGCUGUCUGAGUACGCCUGCCUUCCUAGUGGAUGUUUGGAAGCUGCAAAGCAAUGUCAUUUAGACGGCAAACAGUUGACAACUUUAUCCGAAAUCGAAGCGACGAAGUUUCUGCGUCUGACUGACGCUGGUCUUCGAAGAAAGUUGCAUCUUGCUUUGGAAGACCUGCGAGUUCAUGGAUCACCAGGUGUCUCUCGGUUUCCCGGCCCCAGUCAUAUUCGACCUGAAUGGGUGUGCAACACAUGGCUGAGGUGCCAUCUUGGUUUGACCCAUCUGGCGCCAUUUUUUUCAAUAAGACGCGUUGACGGUCGUAUGCUGGCUAGUUUGGCAGUUUGUGGGAUAUCUAAACCGUCAAAUCAAAAGCACCUGACCAAAGGGAAUACGGAAGUUCGACUAAUUUCCUCGCCGCGCGGACCAGUUGGGGGUGACGGAAGCUUGCCUUCGCUAGGCCCGACAAAUAUAUCAGGCGAGCAUGGCCGUGGAGCAAGUCGGAAAGAGUUCUGUCGGAUACUGCUAGGAAUAAACUUCGACAAAUCCUCAGAAAAGGCGCAGUCCGAAGGAUUAAGUGGUGCUGACUUGCCACCGGCAGCCAAACAUCUCUUUGGCAAGAACGAGGUCAGAAGUUUGCGCGCUGGACUGGAAUUGUUGCGGCGGUUCAACUUCGACAUCGAGCUUCUUGAACGUACACGCGAGUGUGGAAACCGGUUGGACAGCCUACUGCUAUGGACCAAUGAGGAUAUCGCCAAGUGGUUGGACACCUUUGGAUUACGGGCGUACACUCAUGGUAUCAAUAACACCGGUCUCCAUGGGGCCUAUAUGGUUCUGGAUCCAACGUUCAAUGUGAAUCGGUUAGUCAAGCAACUCCGACUGCCUCAGACAAUGGUGUCCAACUACAACCUGGACGCACGCCUUCAGGAACUACUCAAACCAGCACGGUUGCUCGAGGGGAUCGUGUCCAAACCACGCAGUCUUUUUCGGCGCCGAAGUGCAAGUCGCUCUACUCAUCCGAGCAUAAUGCAGCGCAGUGCCACAUCAAUCAGCAAUUUGGAACUAUGCGAGUCGACCAGCCCAGAGAGUGGUGAUCCCUUAUCCGAAGUUGCACGAUCCACCAACCACUCCAACCUAACAGUCCCUGCUAAGUCCGAACUGCUCAAUUUGUCACGCAAAACGGGUUGGCUGUCGAAAAACAAAUGCGUACAAACGGGCUCCGUGGAAAUCAGUAGGAAACAGUGGACAAACAGUCUCAAAAAGUUGCCCGUACUUGAUGUAAAUGAGAAACAAAUGGCACUGAAUAACGUUCCUGAUUCCGGCCUUCACAACCGACGCAUCGCCCGACUUUUUCAACUCAAUCGAUCAGCUGUUAUAGAACCAAGUAUGGAGAAGAACCCAUCGAGCGGUAUCCGUUCGACCAAUAGUCCGGCAACAAACACGUCAUUUGAAGAGGAAGAUCGCUCGGCUACUCUUGUCCGUAGGACGUCCAGCUCCUCUUCAACCGAUGUUAUCAAAUCCCCUCGCACUAGAAAGACCAAUGGGAACAAGUCCCCGUCCCCAACGAAUCAAGGAGGUGUCGUUAAGGCUUCUGAUGCCUUGAUGAUCGAUCCUUUCGACCAGAGUGUCGGACAAGUUCGAGCUCGCAUCUUGUUGUUCCAGACUACACAAACCUCCAAUUCGGAUAGCCUAGUGCGUUCCCCAACCUCGAAAACGCACACCUCAACCCGGACUAACCGUUCCAUGCUGCCCGGUCCCCAGCAACAUCAACAACACGUUGUUCAUUCGGAACUAGAUACCGCCCUCGCACCUUCUACAAAUCAGAUUGGACAACCUUCCCUUGAGUCCCAAGCGAGCUCAACAGUCUCGUCUUUAUCCCGGUCAAGUUAUGAAGAAACUUGUGUACUAAGCAAUCGACUGUCUUGAUAACUGGUUGUAAAAUUGUGGAUACAUCAGAUUUGCCUUUACACAUUCUUUACUCUUUACCUGACCAAGACACGAUGGUUCCAGUAAUAAAACGCUUCUUUUUCGAUGCGCUGUGAGAUUGGAGUGAUUUUUUUUAAAUCCCUGGUGUACGAAUCGGAUGCAAUAUCGUAUAAGCUUGUGGUAUGUUCCACGCUUGCUUCACUAUUUGCGUUUCCUAUGCUGUUCAUCCAUUCUGAAAUUCACAAUUCUACUUUCAGAUGAAAGGCUUACUCAUAAUGUAACUAAACCACAAUGAGCUUUCUUUUAUUGUCCAUAUUAUAAUUACUUUCAUCUACCUUGAUGUAUGAUUUCAUUUCAUGCAAACGCUGUUUGCACAUCCCUGUGAAAACCUAUUAUCCUACAUUUGUUACCCGUU